UGCGGUGGGAUCCAAUGGGUCGUCGCUGAAACGCAAGAUUGGCCAAGAAAUAAAUGCUACCUUUAUUACCCUCCUGAUUUAUGGCCUUUCUGAUAUUAAACAAUGAAUAUAUCUCCUCAUACAGCUUUGUAGUGAUAUAUACUAUCUUCUCUUGAAUUUGUUGUAAUUUUCUCUCUCUCUCUCUCUCUCCCAAAAUGGUGAUCUCGUAACGUACUUUAGGGGCUCUGAUUUGGUUUCUGUUUUGGGUUCGGUUAAUGGCGCGGAUUUGUGCAGAGCAAUAACGGGUUAAGGGUUCUUUUUCCAUUCUAUCUAUCUAUCACUCUCUUUCUUGUUGAAUUCUUGAUCUGAAAGAAGAAGAUCAGAGAGAUGGGUUUUGUGAGUACUGUAAUGGGUUUCUUUGGAUUUGGAGUGGGUAUCUCAAUUGGACUUGUAAUUGGGUACUAUCUGUUCAUCUACUUCCAACCGAGCGACGUCAAGGAUCCUUAUAUCCGUCCAUUGGUUGAGCAAGACUCUGAAACUUUGCAACGGUUGCUUCCAGAGAUACCAUUUUGGGUGAAAAAUCCGGACUAUGACCGUAUUGAUUGGCUCAACAAAUUCAUUGAAACAAUGUGGCCUUAUUUGGACAAGGCAAUCUGCAAGACUGCAAAAACUAUAGCAAAGCCCAUCAUUGCUGAGCAAAUCCCAAAAUACAAAAUUGAAUCAGUUGAAUUCGAAGCACUUACCCUGGGCUCUUUACCUCCUACAUUUCAAGGAAUGAAAGUGUAUACUACAGAGGAGAAAGAGUUGAUAAUGGAACCAUCCAUGAAGUGGGCAGGAAAUCCUAACAUCACUAUCGCAGCUAAGGCAUUUGGGUUGAGAGCUACUGUUCAGGUGGUUGAUUUGCAAGUUUUUGCUUGUCCGCGUAUUACCUUGAAGCCGUUGGUUCCGAGCUUCCCUUGUUUUGCCAAAAUAUUAGUGUCUCUCAUGGAGAAGCCUCAUGUUGACUUUGGUUUGAAAGUGCUCGGAGCAGACGCUAUGUCCAUUCCUGGCUUGUAUAGGGUUGUCCAGGAGCUUAUCAAAGACCAAGUUGCUAAUAUGUAUCUCUGGCCCAAAACCCUUGAGGUACCAAUCAUGGAUCCUGCCAAAGCCAUGAAGAGACCAGUUGGGAUCCUUAAUGUCAAGGUUUUGAAAGCAAUGAAGCUUAAAAAGAAAGACCUUUUGGGGGCAUCGGACCCUUAUGUCAAGUUAAAACUUACUGAGGACAAACUUCCAUCGAAGAAAACUACCGUGAAGCACAAAAACUUGAACCCUGAAUGGAAUGAAGAAUUUAACAUAGUUGUGAAAGACCCGCAAUCUCAGGCUUUAGAGAUCAAUGUAUACGACUGGGAACAGGUUGGCAAACAUGACAAGAUGGGCUUAAAUGUACUACCAUUAAAAGAACUUGCACCUGAGGAGCCAAAAGUUGUGACUCUUGAUCUGCUGAAAAACAUGGACCCAAAUGAUGUUCAAAAUGAAAAGUCGCGUGGACAGAUUGUUCUUGAAUUGAUGUACAAACCUUUCACGGAUGAUGAGAUGCCGAACCAAUCUGAAGAAUUGAAUGAGGUACAAAAGGCUCCUGAUGGAACUCCUGAUGGUGGAGGUUUGCUUGUAGUAAUUGUCCAUGAAGCUCAAGAUGUGGAGGGGAAGCACCACACAAAUCCUCAAGUGCGCUUACUUUUCAGAGGAGAGGAGAGAAGAACCAAGCCUGUAAAGAAGAACAGAGAUCCAAGAUGGGAAGAAGAAUUUCAGUUCAUGCUGGAGGAACCACCAACAAAUGACAGAAUUCAUGUGGAAGUCGUUAGUACCUCUUCAAGGAUGGGUCUACUGCAUCCCAAGGAAGCUUUGGGUUAUGUGGAUAUAAGCCUUUCGGAUGUGGUUUCGAACAAGAGGAUCAACGAGAGAUACCACCUAAUCGACUCGAAGAACGGUCGGGUUCAGAUAGAAAUGCAAUGGAGGACUUCAUCUUGAUCGUGGCAGUUUUUCAGAAGUUUGGUCACUGCAUGCAAAAACAUUCAGUUUCAGUUUUCCUAGAUUCAUAGAAUAAAUGUAAUUCUCCUGUCUUUGUGUAUCCACGUUUAGUUGAUAUAAUAUGCUCUUAUAUGUGGUUUAUUUUGCAAUUUUUUUAGUAAACCUAAUAAAUACUGUUUUUCUGGAA